AUGCUCAACAAUUACCAGAGUGAUGCAAGGUCAGAAGAUGACGACGAACCUUCUACACUUACAAGCAGUGAAGAUGAUGAAGAUAAAUCACAAUUCGUAACUAUGUUGAAAAAAAGAACACAAGAUACUUUCGAUAUAAGUCAGCAAAUCAUGCUCAACAAUUACCAGAGUGAUGCAAGGUCAGAAGAUGACGACGAACCUUCUACACUUACAAGCAGUGAAGAUGAUGAAGAUAAAUCACAAUUCGUAACUAUGUUGAAAAAAAGAACACAAGAUACUUUCGAUAUAAGUCAGCAAAUCAUGCUCAACAAUUACCAGAGUGAUGCAAGGUCAGAAGAUGACGACGAACCUUCUACACUUACAAGCAGUGAAGAUGAUGAAGAUAAAUCACAAUUCGUAACUAUGUUGGAAAAAAGAACACAAGGACAAAAAACAGGAGGAAUGAACAAGGAUACAGUUACGGAAUGUAAUAACAAAGCAUGUUAA